CACACAGUCAACCAACCUAACUUCUCCCCUUUACUUUCUCCAUGCCAGUCCUUUACCAACCCGGUGGAGUCGUUGGUAUCGAUGUUAUUCUUUCGCGAGAAACACUCGAACAGGAUAUAUGCUAAUUUCAGUGGUGGUUUAAGAAUAGUCCAAUGAGCGUCUUCAUUCACUUUAUGACAGCACCACACUCUAAUUUUGGUCGUUUCUAAAGUCACUUUUCUCGGAAAGGUAAAAAAGAUAAAACGCAAAACAAAAUUAUAUAUAUAUAUUAUUCCAAAAUGUUUUUUUACCACACUCUUAUUCGGAAUAUAAGUGUUAAACAACAGAGAUUAAGGUAGAAGCCGAUCAUUCUUUCUUUCCUUCUACCUUUCUCUCUGACUAUUCUAUUACAAACUCUGAACGAAUGAAGAUUGUCUUUAUUAUCAAUUGAGAUGCUGGUUGAUGACAGUGGAGGUGGAGGUGUUGUUGUCAACAGCUCCUCUCCGACACCGUCUUUGGCAUAUUUGCAAAGGGCCGACGACAACCCCUAUGAAGCGUUACCGUCAUCUGCCAGAAAUGUGACUCACAUGAUGGCAGGUGCUGCUGCCGGGAUUUUGGAGCACACCGUUAUGUACCCGAUCGACUGUAUCAAAACAAGAAUGCAAGCAUUAAGGCCUGAUCCACAAGCUCGAUACAAAGGUGUCUUCGAUGGCUUGUACAAAAUGUUACACUUAGAAGGCUUCCGAAAUACAGUCCGGGGAAUAAGUGCAGUUGUCGGUGGUGCUGGUCCAGCCCAUGCUAUGUAUUUUGGCUGUUAUGAACAUAUUAAAUGGAAGAUGAUGAAGAGUGGUGGUAACCAGCAGCUGGCAAAUGUCUUUGCUGCUUGUGGAGCAACUCUUCUGCAUGAUGCUGUAAUGAAUCCAGCUGAUGUGAUUAAACAAAGAAUGCAAAUGUUCAAUAGUCCAUAUCGGAACUGUUCUCACUGUGUUUUUGUCAUUUUAAAACAGGAAGGUGUGCGAGCCUUUUAUCGUAGUUAUCCAACUCAACUAACUAUGAAUGUACCCUUCCAAGUGAUCCACUUUAUGACAUAUGACUAUUCACAAGAUUUAUUUAACAAGGAACGUAAAUAUGAUCCUAAAUCUCACAUGGCAUCUGGUGCAUUAGCUGGUGCCUUAGCAGCCAUUCUUACAAUGCCUCUGGAUGUCUGCAAGACUUUACUGAACACUCAAGAACAUUGCGCAAGAAAGCAUUCACCUUAUAUCUCAGGUUUGGGUACAGCUUUUCGGACUGUUUACGAAUACCGCGGAGUCCGUGGUUACUUCCGAGGUGUUGUAGCUAGAGUCAUAUUCCAGAUACCAGCCACUGCUAUUUCGUGGUCUGUAUAUGAAUUUUUUAAGUUUUUCAUCUCUCAAAAAACAAAUGAGAAGUAUUUUAGUUCACAGAAAGUUAACCAGAUUCCAGUUCAUGCUUCAUCAAGGUGAUAAACCUGGCCAAUAACUACAUAAACUAAUCUUUUUGACAAGAGAGAGAGAGUGAGAGAAAGAGUGAGAGAAAGAGAGAGAAAUAAUAAAGGUAACAUCUGUCUGCAAAAUUGUAAAAAGACUGAUGCAGGAUUAUCAUUUAUUUGAAUAUUGGGCUAGCAAGAAAUCAUACUGUUGAUUUUUUUUUGUUUUUUUUUUUAAACAAGCAAAAAAGGUAUGCAGCAACAACAGCAACAAUAAAAGGUCCUGAAUGAAUUUCUAAAUUUUAAAUUAAAAAAAAUACUGCAUCUGUUUUGGGAAAACUAUGUAUACCUAUAUGUACAUAUAAAUACAGAUGUGUGUCUACUUACAUACUAUUUAUGUAUAUUAUGUCUGCGCACAUAAACACAUGCAUGUAUGUAUAUACACAUCUACUUAUGAAUGUGCAUGUGUAUAUAUGCUUACAUAUGCACAUGUCUGAGUGUGUUCGAAUUAAUUUAAAUAAUUUUUUAAAAAGUUAAAUACAUAAAAUAUAGAUAAUACACUUCUUGCCUUAUUGUUUUCUGGGUCAAUGUUUACCAGUUCUACCAUUGUAUUCACAUGUAUGGGUAUGUUUUACCUUAUUAAAGUUGUGUUAGUUUAUAUACAUCUGCUAUAUCAUAUGUAGCUAUGAAACAUUUCUAUAAGAAUUCCAAAUUUAUAAAACAGUUAAAAAAAAUAUCCCCUAGUACUGCAAACUAGUCCAUUGCUCAUAGUCUAGUUACUCAUUGUAUUAGUCCAUGGUCCAACUCCUUGUUUUACUAGUCCAUGGUUCACUUACUCACUCUCUUAGUCUAGUCAAACAUUAACAAGAGAGCUGUUAUAUGGUUGCUCAAGCAGCUAGAAAUAACAACCAACCCUCUCAAACUACACAUUAGCUUUUUAAAGAGAGAAGGAUGUAUUGAAUAAUGUCAUCUUUUACUUGUCUAGGAAAAAGAUGAGUGGUUCAAAGUUGGAAUGCUGAGCUGACCCAAGGCUAAAUAAGAAUAACUAGUCUAGUUACUCAUUUGGCAUGUGUAAGAAAUUAAAUUUUUGUUUUCUUAUUUAUAACUUGAGGAGAUAUUUAUGUGUGUAGAAUGUUUAUAUGCAGUAGGUUUAUAUGGUGUUGACUGUUUGUAAGGGCAAUUUUGGCAAAAUGGACCUCUAUCUUCAAGAAAUGGACUAGUUAGAACAUUCAGAUUGCUUCAGCUAUGUGUGUAUGUUGUUGCCAUACGAGCAAGCAUCUUGUAGAACAUGUCCUUACACAAAUCAUGGUUUGUGUGCUGUUGCUCUGGUGUAAGGUAUUGGCAGAUAUUUGUUUUGUUAUGAUAUGUAUCUGUUGUGGUUGGCCUGUUUCCAUGCACAUGGCUUUACUGUUUCCUGCUGUGCUUCUGUUACAUAUCUUCUUCACUUCCUUGGAGGAUGUGGUGGCCACUUGCUGCCAUUGGAAAACAUUUGAAGUAUAAGAGCUACUACUUGAUUUUGUUGUGGUGGUCACUGAACAGGUGUUUGGCUAGCAGUGAACACUUGACAGACAACUGAUAAAGACCAAAGUAAUCCAGUUGUCCAGUUAGAGUAGAAGAUUACAUAGCUGGCCAAGUCACAUAUAGAUGCACUAUGGUUUCUGUUAGUACUUUGUAAAAUGAAGUAGCAGGCAACCUAAACUUCACUGAAACCUUACCAGACAUUCUACCCCUUUAGCAGCUCUACAAUCUAGUGCAGUUGGAUCUAUCAAAACAGACAUCCCAAUCUGCAUGGGGUGAAGAUAAUGCUCAGUCUAUACAGGUGGAUGUAUUUUUGCAUGCAAGUGCAUGUGCUGAGUCUUUGUAAUUUCUCAAAAGUGAUAUCUGUCAGUUAUUGGUGAUCACUUUCAUCAUCUUGCCUCUUAGACACAACGUUGGAUAUACUCUAACAGAGUAUGCAUACUAUUCUCUACAAGUUUUGGGUCUGAAACCCUGGAAACAAUGUUGCAUGAAUCUCUCAAUUUGUUAAGGGUAUGUUUAUCAUGUGCUUCAGGGAUGAUUUGAUUGGAAACAACUGACUUGUAUACUUUUUGUUAUAUCAGAUCAUUUACAAUAAUUAAAUGCCGAAACAUCUGUUCAAGCAUUUAAUGGUCAGGUUAGUUGAAAAUAAUGACUUAUUAAAAAAUUGUUUAUAUUUAUUUGGUAUGAAUGUCAUUGUUUUCAGUGAACUUGAGAAUGGUCUUCUCAGAUAAAGGAUUGUUCCAAAUAUUCAAUAUAUACACAUUUCUACAGAGACUCAGUUAUAUUUACCUGUCUCCAUUAUUAUUAUGUUCAUAAGUCAAUGAUGGAUCCUGUACAUGGUUGCUUGGUUUGCUAGAUAUAACAGCCAAAUCUCUCCUAAAAGAUAGGAUGGUUGGGUGCUUUUGAUUAUAAGGCUGUUUGACUUGAGGCUAAUUAUAACAUCUACUUUUUAUACUUCUUGAUAAAAAAGCCUGCCAUUAAAUUAGGACAAAACUCGACUCAUUUUGUUACUUGUUCUGUAUCUGACAUUCAAUUUUGUAAAUUACCUUCUGAAGACAGCCGCUGCUUCUUUGAUUUCUGUAUCAUUGAGGUAAUCUCGUUAGCUUUCUAUGAUUCUUUUUUUUUUUUUUUUAAUGCUUUUCUUGGAUUGAAUAGUUUUUACAUGGUUGAAAAUAUUUAAAUAGCUUUUUAUUUUUAUCACUAGAAUUUUAUAAAUUAUAUGGCAGUGACUAUUCUUUGCAAUAGUGCUAAUUUAUUCAAAUACUAGGUCUUAGGAUAUGCCUAACUUUACACUCCUUGUGAUAUGUUUAAGUGUAUAGUAGUCCUUCAUUUAACUUAAGUAAAUUUUGAGAUAAUAAUUUUUUUUUAUUCUCCAUAAUAUAAAGACAUAAUGAGAAAUGCUAUGUCAUUCUAAUUGGAUUGAAUAGAUAAAGAUGAAUGUUGCACAUACUACACACAUAUACACCCUCCCUUGCAGAGAGGCAGGUACCAUUUUUGUUCAUCUCUAGUUUUGCCCAACAUUUCAAUGUGUUUAAAGAGUGAGUCUGUGAACGAAACCCUUUUGUUUGUUUGCUAAAUAACUUGCUCAGAUAAUCCUCUGCUUUGUGAUCUGACAUUUCACCAUUGUUUUAACUCUCUUAUAUCCAAUGACAAUUUGUUGCAUAUGAAGUUUAGGGGAAGAGGUGUGGGUGAAAUAUUAAAAAAACAAAAAAAAAAUAUUGAAACAUCUAUUAGAAUUAUUAAUUGUUAUCAUUUUCUUGUUCAAAUUUUACUCUCGUUUGGAAGUUUAUUUUUUUUUAAUAAACACUCAAGAUUCAAGGAAUUAAA